AUGGCAUUCCCAAAGAGUAGAUCCAUCCUUGCCCUAGCGGGUGUUUUGACCACGGUGGUGGCCCAAGAGGGAUGUGGAAGUUCGUUCGUUGCUUUCGGAUACGCGGGGCAAAACUUCUGGAACUGCGAUCCAUGGAUCGAAUCCGCCAUGGAGCCAUACCUCGCAUGGUACAACGGUACCACCAGCAUCACGCACGGCGGCGGAGACUGCAACGACACGACAGUGUUCAAGACGAUGAAAAACGCUUUCGCCAUCGGCGGCGUCACCGUUCCGGGGAAUGACAGCCUCACGCGUGUUGCGUACGACAAAAACCCUUACUACAUCUGGUUCCCUAGCGCCAGUGGUGCAGACAUCGCUAUCGAGGUCCAAUCCAGCUCCGACAGGUGGUACACCGAGCUGCAGCAUUGGGAGCUAGGUGCAACUAAGAGUGGUGAUGGAUAUGACCUGACCGGCACGUUCAUUGGCGAGGUUCCCUCCAGCAACUACUUCUACUGGCCUGGAACAGAUUGCCGCGAAGGAGGUGAUAUCUGGCCAAACUCGGGCUACAAGGAGGGUGACGAGUGGGGCUGGACUCUUUCUGGUCAUGUCUCGCCCGAGGCAGCGGAGAUUGAGAUCUUGUAUACGCUCCUUGAGAGUGAUGGCCUCACAACAACUACCUCAGUGAAAUACACCGGCGCCGCAGGGGCGGACGGCGGCCCACGCCUCUCCACCACCGGCGAAUUUCCUACCAGCGAUGCCGUAUACAAGGCUCCAGAGGACCCAUCAGACCCAAGUCCUCCCCCCCCAGGAGCUAGUGGCAGCUCUUCAUCUGGUGAUUCAUCAGCAACAGCAACCGCAACAGGCUCCGGAAGCAGCUCGUCGUCGACCAGCACCAACGGCUCUUCAGGCAGCUCUUCUACAAACAACGCUGCAGGAAUUACUGCUGUAGACAAGAGCGCGAGCUUUUUGGGAGUAUUGGCAUUACUUGCAGGUGUUGCUUUUCUAGUUUAA